AUGUCUUCUUCACGCAGGAUCCCGGCGAAUCGACCGCUCUAUACUCGAGCUAUCUUGAAUAAUAUAGAGGCAGAGCUUGCAACCGACGGUGAAAACAUCGAGCUUAUCAAUGGUCUCGGCGACAAAAUCCGGACCAAAAACUUGAACCGCGGCAAUGCUAUCGGGACCAGGGGCUUGAGUCCCUGGGCACAGAGAGCCGGGAGCAUCGUAGGCUUUCAAGACAGCCGUGAUCUCCAGCGCUUAGAAGCUAUCGGUAAGGUCCACAAGUUCUUCCCCGUGUAUAACGCCGUGAGAAUAUUUAACGGGCCCAACCAAACCGCGAAGGAGACGCGAAAGGCAUUCGGCGAUGUUCUUGAAGCUUUCGAGGGAAGUCAAGAAGCGACUGCUAUCGCCGACUUGGUGAAAACUCAACUUAAUGGUCGGCAUAUUGACAAAGUGAUCGCUUUCGGCCUCGGCCCCAUCGGCAUUGUUCGCCCACACAUUCCACGGUACUCUCUUUACGAGCACGCCGCCGUCAUCAUCCUAACUAACGCACUUAUAGAGGUGAGCUCGUCAAAACACGUUUUCUUAGCAGUGCAGGACCCAGGGUAUACUACUGUGUGUAAGCAGGUGCUUGGAGAGUUCGGCUUCGGUAUUGUCGAGGGGUUUGGCGCCAAGGGCUUCGCCCUCAUCGACGAUAGCACAGUUGUUAUCACGCACCACCCCAGCUUUCCGUUCAAGCAGAUCAUUGCAGAUAUAGCGAGACCAGCUAUGCUCUGUAUGAAGUCUACAGCAGCUUUGGAUAAAUCUCGCAGAACGACCAGUAAUAAAGGGUUACCUGAUAUCCGAGCUGACGUGGACUCUGAACGGACACGGGCAAUGAUGCAGGAAUACCGUAGCGUUGACUUACCUAUUCCGCGGCAGAUGGCAUUCUAUGAUAAUAGCUGGUUCAUCAGGAACGAGCACAUGCCGCUCUCUGAGGUAAAUGGUUCUAGUAGGGUAGAGGAUGUAGAAGAAUAGUCCUGGUGAGACUUUACUCACAUAGAUAGUAAAUAUGCCGUUACUUUUAUAUAAACCAAGUUCAUUUCCUUGAUACAAUGAAUCUAAUCUAUGCUAAAGUCUUUCGCUGCGCGUGUUUG